AAGAUCUCCUCUAACAAACUAACACGUGUACUGGAAAUCAUCGUCUCCUCUUCAUCAUCUUCACUGGAUUCGCAGCCACAGCUUCGACUUCCCCUUUAUCGUUUCUCUGCCGUUCUUUUACUACAAAAAGAAAAAUGAAAUAAUAACAAAUCUCCGGUGAAUAACCAUACGAACACUGAACUGUUUCCAGUUUUGACUCAAGAAGAGCGAGCUCAGGUUCUCCGACAUCUCUGCCAGCUUCAAACAGAAAAAAGAACAAGAGAGGCAAAGUCAAAAGAAAAGAGAGUUUGUUUUGGCUGUUGUUGUUGCUUCGGCUGCUGAUGCUGUUGGUUGGAAGGAAAUUUUGGAGUUUUCUUUUUAUUUUUAUUUUCUGGGAAAGUGAACAGGCAAAGCGGCGUUAUCGGUGUGGUUAAUACAGUCCGAAAAAUGGGGUGGGGAUAAUUAAUGCUAAAGCUGAGCCAAAUAAAUAAGGGGUUGUGGUGGGGGUAUCUCAAAAACCCUCUAAAAAAGAAAAAGAAAAAGGAAAAAGGCAAAGGAAAGAGAAAGAGAACGAGAAAGAGCCGUUUGUUUGCUUUGCUACAGCAAUUAAUGACAGAUAGUGAAGAUUGUUGACAGUUCAUGUAUUGAAUCACAGAAAGAAAGAAAGAAAGAAAGAAAAAAGAUCAUUAGUUUUUAGGUUAAGGCUGUUCGGUUCAUAUCAACCGUCGUCUACUCCUCUUUCAAUCUCAUGUUUUUCUAUGCUUGCCAAAAAGUUUGAAAGCAAUCAUGGAGGUGGAUAAUGAUUCCUUCUUGAGUAAUUUAGCUGCACAAUGUUUCUGACAGGGUGGAUCCAAACUGAUUAUGGUAGCUCUCAAAUGCCAUAUGGUGUAUGGUUGAAGAUAUCACUCUUAGUAAUCAAGAAGCCAACCAAUGUAAAACAUGAAACUUGAUAAUGAACAAGUGCUUUGUCAUUCAACUAUAGGCCACAAGAGUGACUCAAAGCCUUGUUCCUUCAUAGCUGACACCAAACCUUUUGAGAACAAAGACAAGCCUCUGGAUUCCACUGGAUUGAAUGCGGAAGGAGUUGUGAAGGAAAAUCAGAAUGGAGUUGUGCAUGAUAUAAAGGGAAAUGAUGGGCAUUCAGAUCCCUCACUAUAUCUAGAUAAUACAAGAGAUGGAUGGCCAGCAUCAAAACUUGAUUGUUCUAUUAGUGUAAAUGACUUUGCCAAUGGUAAUGAAAAGGAGGUCAGACAUUUUAUGACAUCAAAUUCUCACUCUUUGAAGAAUAUGGAUUCAUUUCAGAACUCAGUUUUUUAUUUAGACAAAAGUGUUAUGGAAUGUGAACUGCCUGAAUUGGUAGUUUGUUAUAAAGAGAGUACAUAUCAUGUUGUCAAGGACAUCUGUAUUGAUGAGGGAGUUCCAACACAGGACAAGUUCUUGUUUGAGACUGGCAUGGAUGAGAAGAUUGACUGUAACUUUCUGCCUUCUGAAAAGGAUCAAGAUAGUAAACUGAUGAAAGAAAAAUUGGAGACAGAUAUGUGCAUGCAAGAUGUUUCCAUGUCUCCAGAAGAAAAUCAAUCUGGCAAGGAUAUCGACAGUGAAUGUGGUUCUAAUAAAAAACUUGACACUGAUACAUGUAUGCAAGAUGUUUCUUUAUCUCUAGAAAAAAAUGAGUCUAACAAGGGAAUUCUGAAUCAAUGUGAUUCUAAGGAUUUGAUGCUGACUAGGGAAGUGAAAGAUGAUGCAAUGAAAAUGGUCACAGAUGAUGUCUCUAAAGAGUUGUUUACCCUCGGAGAGUUACUUUCAAUGCCAGAAUUGAGCAAAGUGAACCCUGAAGCCAUGUCUUCCGAUUGCAAAAGUGAUGGAAUUGAACAACAGUCUUUUCAGAGCUCAAGCGAAAAGGAAGUCAUGGUGCUGCCCCCCUUAGUUUCUGCGGUUGAAGAAUCAAAAAAUAGCAAUGAGGAGGCAAUUGUAUCUGUUCCUGCAUUGGUCUCUACAACUGAAGAAUUAGACAGUGGGAAAGGGGAAGCUAGCCUGAUCAGUCCUGCUCAGGUCUCUACUUCUGAGGAAUCAACCGGCAGCAGCCUUGUCAAUGAGGUGUCUUGUGAUAACAAACUGGAGACUGGAAGCAUAACAUUUAACUUCGAUUCUUCUGCACCAACAAGCAGCAAAGAUGAGUGUCACCACAAUCUUGACAGUGAACCUCUUGGGACCGGAAGUACACCCAAGCUUGAAGUUGCAGCUGAUCAGUCUAUUUCAAACAAUCUUCAACAAGGAAUUGGAGAGUCUAGUUUCUCUGCUGCAGGGCUGGUAACAGGUCUGAUAAGUUACUCUGGGCCAGUAGCAUAUUCUGGCAGUCUCUCUCUUAGAUCAGAUAGCAGCACAACGAGCACUCGUUCCUUUGCCUUCCCAAUAUUGCAGUCUGAAUGGAAUAGCAGUCCAGUAAGAAUGGCAAAAGCUGACCGGAGACAUUACCGGAAGCAUAAGGGUUGGAGGCAUGGCCUCCUUUGCUGUAGAUUCUGAAAUGUUCUAUUCUAUCCAUAGGUCAUACAUCACCAAAUUAAUUAUUUUUGCUUAGCAAGUUAUAUACAUCAUCUCCCUUUCCCUCGCUUGGCCUGUAAUGUGCAGUAGGUUUAGAGUGUCAUGCUUAGAGUUUUGAUCUCGUGCAUGCAAAUUUGAGCUGUAAGCAAUAUCUUAUAAUUUUCAUAUCAUUGUAGUAUUUCCUUUUUUGUUUUCACCUUGUUCAUAAUAUCAGCUUAUAUCAGAUAAAGAGAGUUCAUUAUU